AUCAAAAUAACGUGAGCCAAAGUUCAUAUCAAACAGAUCCAAAAAGUGACUUACCAAUUGUAUAUUUGCAAGAUCAAAAAAAUGUAUUGUGGACUAAAUUUGAAAACACAUAUUUUGAUGAAAUACGAAAAACUUCUUUUAUAACGCACUUGGCUAAUACAACACAACUUCGAUAUCAUGAUGAUCUUGGAGGAUUUUGUUAA